AUGGAUAAAAGCAAAUACCAGGAGAUAGAUAAAAUGUUUUCUCAAAGCAGUAUCUCAAGAUACACAGGCUUCCAUGACUAUAGAAAUAUUUUCCUUGAACCCCAAUUCAACCUACAAGAUCCAUUUACUGAGAAAAUGCUUAAGGAGACAGCACUUAAGCUUUUCGCUAAAGUAGCCUUAAUUACAGUUGCAUCAGCAGGCUUUGGUGUUGCUAUGGGUCUCAUCAUGAGUUCAUUUGAAACUAACAAUGCUCAAAUAGUUGAUAACACCAGAAGCACCAGAUCUCAACUGAAGCAGCAUUUUCAUGGGUAUGGUAGAUUCCUCAAGAGACAAGCUCUCCAUUUCUCGAAAUUUGGCCUUUAUAUCAGUCUAUUAGAACUACCAAUUGAAAUCAUAAUGGGGAGAGUGAAUACUCCAGGCAUCUUCUUUAGCGGGGGAAUGGCAGCAGUACUUUGCAAUCCAAGAGGUUCAGUUAGUUCCAUGUUUAGCACAUUCAUGGGGUCUGGAGCAUUCAUCGGAUUAAUUGGUUUAUACAUGAACAAGGGAAAUGAUAAAUGA